AUGGUUCAGCCAGCAAACUCAACCAACACGGCCGAUCGAAGAGCUCUAGCGGCCAAUCAUGGCCACCAGAGGGAGGUCGGGGCAGAGGUGGUAGAAGGACAGGGUCAUGAAGACCUGGGGACAGAGCCUCUCUGCAGGUCAGCACGCAUCACCACGCCCGUUCUGCCACCAGCACAUCCAAAGCCAUCCAAGGCAGAGUCCUCAUACAAUCCAAUAACUCCCGGAGUGAUCACAAGAGAGGAGUUUGAUCAGCUAAAGAGCAAGUUUGAUGCCCAGGUUGAGGCCUUGAAGGCUAGGUGCGAGAAAAAAGAAAGUUCGUUUGAUGAUGGCGACCUGGGAGAAUUGUCAUUCUCCUCGGACAUCCUAGAGGCUCUGAUCCCUCCAAAAUUCAAGACUCCCACCAUGAAGCCUUAUGACGGGUCCAAGGACCCAAAAGACUAUGUUGAGGUCUUCGAAAGCCUCAUGGACUUUCAAGCGGCAACAGAUGCAAUCAAGUGCUGCGCCUUCCAGAUCGCACUCACCGGCAGCGCGCGCUUGUGGUACCGAAGACUGCCGGCCAGGUUGAUCUCGACCUAUUCCCAACUGAGGAAAGAAUUUAUUAGCCAAUUCUCUUCUCGGCAUUACGAUAGAAAGACACCGACUCACCUCGCCACCAUCAGACAGAAGGAAGGUGAGACGCUGAGAGAGUAUGUCACAAGGUUCCCGGAGGAGCAGCUGAAGGUCGCACACUGCUCCGAUGACUCGGCCAUGUGCUACUUCCUCACCGGCCUGGCCGACGAGACCCUCACCGUGAAGCUCAGAGAAGAAGCCCCAGCCACUUUUGCCGAGGUCCUGCAAAAGACGAAGAAGGUUAUCGACGGGCAAGAGCUCCUCCGAACAAAAACUGGCCGACCAGAAAAGAAUAUCGAUCAGGGGAGAGCUGGCAAGGACAAAGGAAAAGCUGAUUCCAAGUCCAGGGACAAGGGACCAUCCUCCUCUAGCAGCCGAGUUGAUUAUCGAAGGUCGAAUAGUAGCCACAACCAAAGCCGACCUUAUGAGCAUUACACUCCGACCACCAUCCCAAUCUUCGAAAUACUUACGAACAUUGAGGAGACUGGGAUGGAAAAGCUCCUCAAGCGACCUGAGAAGCUCCGAGGAGACCCAGAAAAGCGUAAUACAGACAAAUAUUGUCGUUUUCAUCGUGAUCAUGGCCAUAAUACAUCAAAUUACUGGGAAUUGAAGCGCCAAAUUGAAGACCUCAUUCAAGAUGGCUACUUCAAAAAAUUUGUAGGCAAACCGAGGUCCAACUCGGUAGAAAAGAAAGAAGAGAGGAAGCGUUUGAGGACGCCACCUCGCCGAGAUGACCGACCUGCGGUCAUCAAUAAAAAAAAGGAGCUAGCUCGCGAAGCCAGACGCGAGGUGUGCAUCAUCAGGGAGCAAAGACCAACCUCCUCUAUUGCCUUCAACCAUGCUGACCUGGAGGGGGUUCAUUUGCCCCAUAAUGACGCGCUUGUGAUCGCUCCUCUCAUCGAUCUCGUCCUGGUCCGAAGAAUACUAGUAGAUGGAGGCGCAUCUGCCAACAUUUUGUCCCUUUCAACAUAUCUUGCCUUGGGAUGGACCAGGUCGCAGCUGAAGAAGAGUCCGACACCCUUGGUUGGAUUCUCUGGAGAAUCGAUCUCUCUAGAAGGGUGUAUCGACUUGCCGGUUUCGAUUAGGCAAGAUGAUACACAGGUAACUCAGAUGGCCGAGUUCGUCGUGAUCGACGGAAGAUCGGCCUACAACGCCAUCUUCGGGAGACCCAUCAUCCAUUCGUUCCGCGCCGUUCCUUCAACGCUUCAUCAAGUCUUGAAAUACUCAACUCUCAAUGGAGUGGGCACGGUCCGAGGGGAACUGAAGACUUCAAGGGAGUGUUAUGCCUCCGUGCCUAAAAGGUCGUCGGUAUGCGCCCUGGAAGAACAAACGAUUCGGGACGAGUUGUAA